AUGCAAUCUAUGAACGUACAACCGAGAGUCCUAGCUGUGGGAGGCGAGCAAUUCUUUUCUCAAAGACAGGCUCCAGAGCAGCAGCAGCAACAGCAGAACAUGGGACCACAGGUGUAUUCGCCACAGGUCAAUAGAGCCAGGAUGUUUCCUCAAGGGAUGCCUGUAAAUACAAUGAACGGCUCUGUGAGUCAGGAAAUGAACAAUGCCUACCUUUUAAAGCAGAAGGGCGAUCCGCUAUUAACGCAGCAGCAGCAUCAACAGCAGCAACAGCAACAGCAGCAACAGCAGCCAUUUACUAUAGGAACGCCCGUAUCAGUGUCUAGCUUGCCGCCCGGACUGAACGUUCUUCAACAACAGCAACAACAACAGCAGCAGCAGCAGCAGCAGGGAAUGGGGCUCAAUCGUCCCUUAGCGUCUCAGUUGCCCAAACAUUUGACAAACCAGAGUAUGCCUCCAAUAUUUUUACCACCCCCAAACUACCUAUUUGUUCGUGACGUCUGGAAGUCCAACCUCUAUAGCGAAUUCGCCGUUAUAAGACAGCUAGUCUCCCAAUAUAACCACGUAUCCAUCAGCACUGAGUUCGUGGGCACUUUGGCCAGGCCCAUCGGGACCUUCAGAUCGAAGGUUGACUAUCACUACCAAACAAUGAGAGCCAACGUAGAUUUUCUAAACCCAAUACAACUCGGUCUUUCCCUAAGUGACGCCAAUGGUAACAAGCCCGACAACGGCCCAUCCACAUGGCAAUUCAAUUUUGCAUUCGAUCCAAAAAAGGAAAUGAUGUCCACAGAGUCGUUAGACUUACUCAGAAAGUCAGGUAUCAAUUUUGAGAAACACGAAAACUCGGGUAUCGACAUAUUCGAGUUCUCGCAACUACUUAUGGAUUCUGGCUUGAUGAUGGACGAUUCCGUCACUUGGAUUACAUACCACGCAGCAUACGAUCUGGGCUUCCUGAUCAACAUCCUGAUGAAUGACGCCAUGCCCAACAACAAGGAAGACUUUGAGUGGUGGGUCCAUCAGUACAUGCCGAACUUCUAUGACUUGAACCUGGUGUACAAAAUAAUUCAAGAAUUCAAAAACCCUCAACUGCAACAAUCCUCACAGCAGCAACAACAGCAGCAGUACUCAUUGACCACGCUUGCUGACGAACUGGGGAUGCCAAGAUUUUCCAUUUUCACCACCACAGGUGGCCAAAGUCUCUUGAUGCUUCUAUCCUUCUGUCAAUUGAGCAAACUGUCCAUGCAUAAGUUCCCGAACGGAACGGAUUUCGCCAAAUAUCAAGGUGUUAUAUACGGUAUUGACGGGGACCAAUGA